AUGACGGUGAAACAAGAUUUUGGAGCAGUGGACCAGUUUCCAGUGGGGAUGAGAGUUCUCGCCGUUGACGAUGACCAAACUUGUCUUCGAAUUCUCGAGACUUUGCUUCAUCGCUGCCAAUACCAUGUUACAACAACGGACCGGGCAGAGACCGCACUGGAGUUGUUGAGGGAGAACAGGGACAAGUUUGAUCUCGUUAUUAGCGAUGUUGACAUGCCAGACAUGGAUGGUUUCAAGCUGCUUGAGCUCGUUGGUCUUGAAAUGGACUUACCUGUCAUAAUGUUGUCUGCGCAUAGCGAUCCAAAGUUUGUGAUGAAAGGUGUCAAGCACGGAGCCUGCGACUAUCUGCUCAAACCGGUUCGAAUUGAGGAGCUCAAGAACAUAUGGCAGCACGUGGUGAGAAAAAGCAAGCUCAAGAAGAUGAAGAGCAGUCUGAGUAAUGGUGACUCUGAUGGAAACCCUGAUCAGAACCGCCUGAAAGCAAACAGAAAACGUAAAGAUCAGUUUCAAGAGGAAGAAGACGAAGAAGAAAGAGGAGGGAAUGAGAACGAUGAUCCAACGGCUCAGAAGAAGCCUCGUGUUCUAUGGACGCGCGAGCUGCACAAUAAAUUCCUAGCAGCUGUUGAUCAUUUGGGCGUUGAGAAGGCUGUACCAAAAAAGAUUCUUGAUCUGAUGAAUGUUGACAAACUCACAAGAGAGAAUGUCGCUAGCCACCUUCAGAAAUACCGAUCGGCCUUGAAGAAAAUAAACAAUGAAGCGAAUCAACAAGCGAACAUGGCGGCCAUUGACUCACAUUUCAUGCAAAUGAGUUCUCUCAAAGGACUUGGCGGCCACCACAACCACCACCGCGCAAUACCUCUAGGUUCCGGUCAGUUCUACGGUGGAGCCGCAACGAUGAGACAUUACCUUUCAAAUAGGACUUUUGGUCGCCUAAAUUCCGUUUCAGGGAUGUUCCCACACGUCUCAUCAUCGCGUCCUCGUAACCACAACGACGGAGGAUACAUACUUCAGGGGUUGCCGAUUCCGCCACUAGACGGGCUUCAUAUCGAAAACAACAACAACAACAACAACAACAACAAGGCUUUUCCAAUGGUUCUUGAGGGUCACGCACAGUCAUCAUCUCCAUCUUUAAACCCUGGGUUUUCACCUCAUUUCGAGGUCAACAAGCGUUUGGAUCAUUGGUCAAACUCUGUAUUGUCACCCAACGUUCCACAGAGUGAUGUUCAUUCAAAACCAGACGCCUUGGAAUGGAACCUGUUCUCUGACUCAGCCACUCCGCUGGAUAAAGAGCCGUCUUCUUUCUGCAGAAACACGGGUUUGGGAUCCUCAAAUGCAUACAACUUAGGGCCAAUGACAGAUGCUCAACAGUUGAGAAGUAGCGAUCCAAAGGAAGGUUUAUUCAUGGGACAACAUAAGCUAGAGAGCGACUUCCUGGCUUCAGAUGCUGGUUCCUUAGAUGAUUUAGUCAACACCCUUAUGACACAGGAACAGAGCCAAGCUGAUUUCUCGGAAGGAGAUUUGGGUUUUGGAUGGUUUAACUCACUCAGAACAUGCAUCUGA